AAAGCCUUAUGCUAAGCGGACUGGAAAUAAGAAUUACUUGGGCUCGUUGAGGAAAAGACUAAUGUAAGCACAUCAUACUAUCGAAAUGCCUUGCUAUGUUGACGAUAUUGAGAAGCAACUUUUUUCGGACGCCGGAGCAAAGCUGGCGACUAACGGCCUUAUUGGAGCAUCGAGACAUUGCCAAGAAAGAACUAAUGAAUACUAGGCAUGUCCUUCGAGGGAAUGAAGAGUCCGGGCAAAAGCUAUCUCUCGAAAUGCUUCAUAUGGCCAUCUCGAGAGGAAGAUCUUGGGGUCUUGGCAGCCAAAUCAAGAAAAUGGCAAGGAAAUUUUUUCCAUGGAUUAAACUGAUGGGCUUGACCAAAGUGCUGGGGUUGAUGUUGAUGGGUCCUUUAGCUUCCAGGCCAAGGGUUUGGAUCCAAUGUAUGGAGUCUUUACCAACAGACUUUGCUAAGUUCCUGCACGAGGAACUCAAUAUUGACAGCAACUAUCAAAAAUAUCCUGGAAUUGUCGCAAAAGACUCACCAAGAGACGGAGUUCUUGGCUCUUGGCAAUAAUUUUAUAUCACUCUUCUCAUCUCGUGUAGGGCACAUCGAGGAAAUCACCAUGUGGCUUGAUUACCCCAAAGCCUCCUGAAGGCUCAGGACUGGAUCUCCGAGGAGCUUCCCCUAGAAACAACUCAACGACGUGCAAGAAAAUGCACAUGAUUUUGAUGUAAGGGGCUUGGUGAUUUCUUUCUGUUCGAGAAAUCAACCGGGGAGUCGAAGGGGCGAGACUAUAGACAUGAACUAGUGGGUAUAAUAUAACAUGCUGAACACUGUCGCAAUGUAG